AUGGAAGAGACUAAUUACAACCUAGAUAAGCUGCGAGAAACUGUUUCUGUCGGCGAAGCUUCAUUAACGGACGAGCAACAUGCUCUAGGUGGAACCGGCAAAGCUUUCCUCAUCAACUGUCUUUUGGCAAAAGUAAGAUUGGAAGGAAUCGCUGUGGCAGCUGCAUCUUCAGGCAUUGCGGCAAUACUGUUAGAAGGAGGAAAGACGGCGCACGCAGCCUCUAAAUUACCUCUCAUUCUCAAUCAUGUAGAGACCCCUAUGUGUUACAUCUCGAAGCAAAGUAAUAUGGCUAAAGUUCUACAAGAAUGCAAGCUAAUUAUUUGGGAUGAGUGUCCAAUGUCGCAUAAAAAUGGUUUUGAAGCUCUCAAUAACUCACUUAAGGACCUAGGACUAAGGAAAUUCAAGCGAUUUGAUGGGAGGAGUAACGGUGCUUUUGGCUAG